CGUUCAGUUGCUGAGAAGCUAGGAAGACGAAAGCCUCAAUAACGAGCCUCAAGCAGCAGCUGCAGCAACAGCAGGCCCCAUCAAGCCAGCCAGUCUCCCAUCCCUUCAGUCGGACGUAAAGCCUGCCCCAUCCUCCCCUCACGCUUCUCCUACUAACCUCCCUUCAACCGCGUCCACCAUCAAGCCUACCCCGUAGAAUGGAUGACGAUCACGUCAUUGGUACCAACGUCGCCGGCGCAUCCUCUGCGCGCACCCGCACCACCGCCGCCGCCGCCGGCGGAACCGGAGGCGGCGGCGGCGGCGGAGGGUCCGCGGCUCGGCACCACGAUCCGGUGGCUGACGUGUUAAAGCUGGAGCAGCAGCUGUUCCGAGUGCCGCUGGAGGAGAUUAAAGCGUCCGUGCGACACGGCGCGAAGGAGUCGGAGCGCGAAGUAGCGGCGCUAAUGGCUGCUGUGCAGGAAUUGGGGACACAGGGAUCGCUGGUGCAGACGGGAUUGGUAUCAGGACAAGCAGAUGUGACUGUAGCGAAGGCGGCGGAAGUUGUGGGGUCGCUUCUGAAUCGCGUACAGGAAUUGAAGAGCAAGAUCAACGGCUCUUUCGUCCAGCAGCAGCAGCACAUGAGCCACCUGCGGACACGCCUGCAAGCCACGUCAGCACUCGUUGCAGCAGGAGCAGGAGCAGGAGCAGGAGCAGGAGCAGGAGCAGGAGCAAGGGAUGGCAAGGGUGGUGCCACUGAAGGGACUGUAACCACAGGAGGGACAGCAGGGGUAGGAGGGGCAGGAGGGGCAGGAGGGGCAGGAGGGGCAGGAGGGGUAGGAGCAGGAGCAGCAGAGGAAGCAGGAGGGGCAGGGUGGUUGGGUGUAGAGGGGAGGGGAGGAGUAACGGCGGGGAAUGGGGAGGGAGAGGAGGGAGGGGAGGGGGGUGUGCGGGAGAGGUUGGUGCGGGAGUGGAAGCAGCAGCGGCUGCAGCGAGUGGUGGUGGAUUAUCUGCUGAGAGAGGGGCGCCUGGACACUGCCAGGAAGAUGGCUGAGGCGCUGCACUUGCAGCUGUGGGUGGACAGCGGAGUGUACGAGAGCAUGCUAGGCAUUUCCACCGCACUGCAGCAGCAUGACUGUGCGCCCGCACUGCACUGGUGCUCCCUGCACCGCUCUCGACUCAAGCGCCUCAAGAGCGACCUUGAGUUCCGCCUGCGAGUGCAGGAGUUCAUAGAGAGGGUGCGGCAGGGGCAGCUGCGGGAAGCAGUGUCGUACGCCCGCGCGCACCUGGCUCCCUUUGCGUCUGCCCACUUGCCGGAGCUGCAGCAGGCGCUGGCUACACUCGCUCUCCGUGCCUCAACCCAAUGUGCCAAGUACAAGGCUCUCUUUGCUGCGUCCCAGUGGGCGGCACUGCAGCAGCUGUUCCACCGCACAGCCUGUGACCUGCAUGGCCUGCCACACCCCCCACUGCUGCACAUCUACAUGCAGGCCGGGUUAUCUGUACUCAAGACGCCCCUGAGCUACGAGGAGGGGUGCCCCAAGGCGGACCCCCUCUCCCACGCCUCCUUCCGCGAGUUGGCGCUGCCCUUGCCCCUCUCCAAGCGCAACCACUCGCAGCUCGUGUGCCGCAUCUCGCACCGCGUGAUGGACUACCACAACCCGCCGCUCGUGCUGCCCAACGGCUAUGUGUACAGCAAACAGGCGAUGGAGGACAUGGCGCGGCGCAGCAACGGCCUCGUGACGUGCCCGCGGUCAGGGGAGACGUACCACUACAGCCAGCUCGUGAAGGCCUUCAUCUUCUAGCCAUGCUAGGGAAGAGAAGAGAGACACACAAGAGGCUCACCAGAUGUCUCUAUGGUCUUAGCCAGGCUGGGAGGGCAUGCUUCUCGUGAUAUGCCCGACGUCAGGGGAGGCAGGGAGCGGUAGGUACCUUCCACUACAGCCUGCUCGUUACCGCUCCUGGCUUUCUCAGCCUGCUUGUGAAGGAGCUUCUGGUAGUACCUAUAUCCCGGUUUGGAUUUGAUAUUAUUUUGCAGAAGGGCAUGUAGGUCUGGUUGGCUGCUGCUGACACGCCGAACAUGAACACAUACAUUGUACAUGUACAUACAUACAUAUCAAAACGAGCUGUGUUAGUGCGGGCUCAUUAGGGUUUUCUGCACAGGCUGCAAUGG